GCCAAACCGGGAUGCCUUUGUUAACUAGCGAGGGCGCGGUCGCGGUCGCGGGGUUUCUUGCUGCGGGAUUCUUCGAGCGGUAGUUGCUUGCCAGAUUGGGAUCGAGAUGUCCUACAUCCCGGGUCAGCCGGUCACCGCCGUGGUGCAAAGAGUUGAAAUUCACAAGCUUCGACAAGGAGAGAACUUAAUUCUGGGCUUCAGCAUUGGAGGUGGAAUUGACCAGGAUCCCUCUCAGAAUCCUUUCUCUGAAGACAAGACAGAUAAGGGAAUUUAUGUCACACGGGUGUCUGAAGGAGGCCCGGCUGAAAUUGCUGGGCUGCAGAUUGGAGACAAGAUCAUGCAGGUGAAUGGCUGGGACAUGACCAUGGUCACACACGACCAAGCCCGGAAGCGGCUCACCAAGCGCUCAGAAGAGGUUGUGCGUCUGCUGGUGACACGACAGUCGCUGCAGAAGGCGGUGCAGCAGUCCAUGCUGUCUUAGCACCCGGCCAUGGUCCCAACUCGUGCCUGCCACCUGUUUGUACAGUGACCCCACUUCCACACUCUGUCUGCUGCUCCUCCUGGUUUCUGCUGCGUGCUGGGUCCCACAUCAGAAGGGCAGAGCUGAUCCCAGAGGCUUGAGCCAGCUGCCUUCUGUUCCCACUCCCAGGCCAAGGCUCUGGGACCCUCUCUCCCCCUUGGACACUGAGGAUUGGAAACAGGGGCCUGGAGCUGAGUGAUAGCUGGUCUGUACUGACCACAGGCUCAGCCCCCAGACCCUAUUGCCUGGCUGCUGCAGAGUCCAGGCUCGCAGGAAACACUACUUUCUCAGAGUUGCCAAAGCUGGGGAAUGCCAGGUGGGGCCAGCUUUUCCCGAUUCACCCCUGGCCACAGGGCUUGGCCCAGCCCUCAUGUCACCUCUGAGGUGCCUAUGUCCCACACUUCACCCACCAUGUUGCCUGGUGGGGGCUGGACCCGCACACUGCCAGAGGCACUAUGAAGGUUCACCUGGAUGGAAACGAGCAGGUUCCCAUUCCCCGCCCUGAGGGGUGCUGGUCUCCCCAGGGUUUGCCCGCUUAUAGGAUUUAAAUGAGGCUCAAGGCUGACAUUUCUGGGCAGCUCUCAGGAUUGCCACUUUUCUUUGUGCCUGUCAGUUUAACUUUUGUAUUUUUUUAAAUUACAACUUUGAUACAAAUCAUUUUUAUCUUAAUACUUGGAGAUGCCAAUUCUUUUGAAGUUAGCUUGCUAAUUCACAUCUGGGAGCAGCUACUCUUAGCACAUAAAUAAGCCUUACUUUACUGUGGAAAUGGGCAGUGUGAUGCUGCCCCACACCUGACAUCUUGUGCCCAAUAAACAAAAUGCUGGAA